AUGGAUUUUGCUGUUGCUAAACUCUACAUUGAAAAAUAUUUUGACGAGAGUGCUCGUAAUCAAUCAAUGGAAAUAAUUGUGAAUGUUCGCAAUGCAUUUAUCGACAUGGUUCAACAAUCAUCUUGGAUGGAUCCAAUUUCGAAAUCAAAAGCAAUAGAAAAAAUUCCUGGACUCAUGGCUGGAUGUAUGCCUCUUGAUUCCAUGCGUCAAUCUACACUUGAAUGUUUAUAUAAUCAAUCAUGCAUAGAUGCAAUAUCACUUCAACCAAAUAUUUCUCAACCCAAAGCAUUGAAUAUAUCGUUAUCAAAAUUUCCAUUAAAUUUAACAAUUGGUUCACUAUUCGAUGAAUUUUUAUUUGUUGAAACUUGGAAAAAUCAAUCUAGUUUUGAAAAUUAUUUCGCUGCUUGUCAGCCCCAAUCUAUCUCGUAUAAUUAUGAAACUCGAUUUCAUCUUGGAACAAUUAUUACUAUGAGUCUUAAUGCAUUCGGUGGUCUUGUCAUUGUUUGGGAAUUAAUUACACCAGUUCUUAUCCUAAUUUGGCAACGAAUACCAUGGAAAAAACAACAAUACCAACCAACAGCAACAGAAGAACCAACAUGUGUACAACUUGAAAAUGUUAAAACGGCACCAAAAACAAUUAAUAAAGGUGAAUAA